AUGGCGGCCGAGGCGUCGACGUCGAGCGAAGCGCUCGAUAUCCGCCUCGAGGUGACUUGGUCAGGCGUCCGCGACCAGCACAGCAACACGGGCUCGUGGCUGGACACGUUCGCCGUCUACUCGGUGAGCGACGGCCCCGACCGAGCCGCGUUCCGCGAAUUGGACCGCUCCAAACCGGGCAAGGACUGCGCGGCCGUCUUCGCCACCUCGUACCGGUUCGGCGAGACGCACCUACUCCUCUUCGAGCUCUUCAGCGUGAACCGCAUCAGCAAAGCGAACGAACCGCUAGGCCGCGCAGUGUGCGGCGCGGUCGACAUGCUCGUCUACCUGGACACUCCCUACGUUCGAUCUCUGGUGGACCGCAAGGGAGCCAAGGUUCCUGGCAGCAUCACGGUGCUGCCGCGCGCCGUCAGCCACCCGGGAGGCUUCGUGGCGCUCGAGUUCUCUGCCCGCUCGCUUCCGGUGAAGAAGCUCUUCCGUUCGAGCGAUCCCAUGCUGGAGCUGUGCGCCCAGGACGGCAACGCGGUCCUGGUCACCGAGGUAGUCUCGCGAAACCGUACGCCUCGCUGGAAACCGCAGGUGGUCAACUCGGACCGAUUUCCGGGCGGCGUACUCAAGGCCCGCUGCUACGACGUCAGCCUGACGGGAGAGCGCACCUUCGUCGGCCAGGCGACUGUGCUGUUGGACGAAGUGGAAGUCGGCACCGUGCUCCCGCUCGACGCGCCCGAAGUGGCGGCCGCGGGUCUCGAGCCCAGUUCGGCUGACGAGCGACCCUCACUGCUCGUCGAGCGGUGUCGCCAGUUCCCCUGGACGCUCAUUGACUACCUGCACGGCGACUUCUCGCUUCACUUCGCCUUCAUCAUCGACUUGAGCUCCUCCAACGGCGACCUGAGGGCCGGAAGCGACAUGCGACGCGAGUACGAAUCGGUCAUCUUCGCGUUCGACGAAGUCGUGCAGCAGUUCGACGAGGACCAGCUCCUGCCGGCCUUGGCGUUCGGCGCCCGCACUUCGGCCGGUUUGAUAAGUCAGCCUUACGUCUUCCUUUCGGCCAAGGACGAGCUUCGCGUCAAUGGCGUCCAGGGCGUCCUGGAGGCGUAUGCGAAAGGCCUGGAACGCCUGUUCUCUUCCGAACCAUCAGAGCUCGGUCCGGCUCUGACAUACGUUGCCCAGCUGGCGCAACCUGCCCACUAUUAUGUGGCACUGGUCCUCACUGACGGCAGGCUCGACUACGGGCUCAGCACGCUGGAUUGUUUGUCGAAGGCGUCCGCCUGCGCCAUGUCCGUCGUGUUUCUGGUAAUCGGCGAGGAAGGCUGCAGCCGCGCUCUUCGCAGGGACCUGCUCUCGCGCCGUCAAGCCGGUCUACGUGAGUGCGUGCACGUGGUCGAAGUGGCGCCGUACCGCGAGCGUUUGCACCUGCUGCCGCGAGAGGCACUGGUCGCUGUGCCGGAGCAGGUGAUGCAGUAUCUGGCACUCCAUGACGUGGAGCCCGUGCUAGGCGUACAGUGA